AUGGGAGAUGUCAAAGAACCAAAAAUGCAAAUAACUCCAGAAACUCCAGGAAGGAUCCCUAUUUUAAAUCCUUUUGAAAGUCCUGGUGAUUAUUGUAACCUCCAUGAACAAACUGUCUCCAGUCCUGUUUUUAAAUCAACUAAAUUACCAACUCCAGGGAAAUUUAGAUGGUCUAUUGAUCAACUAGCUGUAAUAAAUCCUGUAGAAAUAGACCCAGAAGACAUUCAUCGUCAAGCUUUGUAUUUAAGUCAUUCUCGAAUAGAUAAAGAUGUGGAAGACAAAAGACAAAAAGCCAUUGAAGAGUUUUUCACUAAGGAUGUUAUUGUGCCCUCUCCUUGGACUGAUCAUGAAGGGAAACAGCUUUCAGAGUAUCAUUCCAGCAAAUGUAUUAAAAUAACUAAUGAAUCUCCAAUUGGAAGAAAGCUGACCAUCUAUUCUGGGAAAAGCAAUGCUGCUUGUCAGACAUUGCUGUCUCUUCCUGUGGAUUUUAAUUUAGAAAAUGUAUUAGGUGACUAUUUUAGAGCUGAUGAAUUUGCAGAUCAAUCUCCCGGAAACCUCAGUUCUUCAUCCCUCAGAAGAAAGCUAUUUUUAGAUGGCAAUGGGAGUAUCUCUGACUGCUUACCUCCAGCUUCUCCCAGCAGUCGUCACAGUAGUGCUCAAACCUCACUUGAAGUUUUUUAUUCAAUAGAUUUAUCUCCUGUUCAGGCUAGGAGCCCCAUGCAGACACCAACUUCGGGGCAGUUUUCGUCCAGCCCUAUUCAAGGUAGUGCAAAAAAAUACAGUUUGGGAAGUAUAACCAGCCCUUCAACUAUUUCUUCACCCACUUUUUCACCAAUUACAUUUCAGAUAGGAAAGACACCACUCUCAGAACAAAGGAAGCUUACUUUUCAUUCUCCUGAUGCUUCAUCUGGAAUAAAUUCUAAUGGAAUUAGUAAUUCAUGUAUCAGAAGUCCUUACAUAGAUGGCUGCUCACCAAUUAAAAAUUGGUCUCCUAUGAGACUUGAGAUGUAUAGAGAUGGUACUCAAUAUCGGACCUCACUUCUUCAAAUACCUUUUACCCUUGAGGCUCACAGUGAAGAUGAAGAAGAUAAAGCAAAUGCUCCUUCCACAGAUGCCUCAUCACCUGCCAUGGACACUACUGGCAUCCACCUGCGGCAGUCGGAUAGCAAUGCUUCUCAUGGCACAUGUUUAGUAGUGACUUCCAUGUCCGUUACACAAAAUCAGUCCAGUGCUUCUGCAAAAGUCCUAGCACUGCUACAGGAUGUUGAAAGUGAGAAGGAGAAUAACACUGUGGAUAUGGUUGAUCCUAUAGAGACAGCAGAUGAGAACACGUGGAUUAAGGAGCCGGUGGAUAAUGGGAGUUCACCUAUGACUGAUUCCUUGAGUGGAAUCAUUGAAAACUCUCAUAUGUGUAUGUCACCUCUUGCAGAAAGCAGUGUAAUUCCUUGUGAAAACAGUAACAUUCAGAUGGAUAGUGGUUAUAAUACACAGACUUACGGAAGCAAUAUUAUGGAUACGGUUGGGGCAGAAAGUUACUACAAAGAAAACGAUGCACAAACUUUGGAAGUCGAGAUCAAACCUCAAGUUUUUAAUAUAAAGCAAGACCAUAAGACACAGAGGUGUUGGAGGAAAGCAGCAAAUCCUCAAUGCAGCAGUCCACAGAGCACCUCUCUCAGAACCAAAAACUACCGUUGA